CACCACCACCAUCACCCCCUCCCCCAUCAACGUUGACCAGACAUCAUCAGCAGCAGCAGCCAGGCCCGGCAGAGGUAAAGACUCAGGCCUUUCUCGUUCGUCAGGUUAGAUCCGCACGACCGUCGUUUACUUCCACCGCACCGAGUGACCUGAAACGAACAUCACCAUCAUCACCAGCAUGGCGUGCGCGGUGGCUACCCCAUUGCCGGAGCCGAUGGACGACUUCCCGGCGUGGCUGGAGGCGCAGGGCGUGAACCAGGAGGUGGCCCGGGCCAUGGACUCGGAGCUGGGCAUCCGGGACUACGGGGUCCUGCGCGCCUGCGUCGGGGACGGCCUCGUGCGUGCCGAGCUGCUGGCCGCGGCGCGCGACCGCCUGCCCUUCGGCUUCUACGCCGUGCUGCGGCAGGUGGUGAAGGCCCUGCGGGGCGACGGGCACCACGAUGAUGCGGCCGCCGCCUACCCUGGCGACGUGACGCUGGGAGGGCUGGUGGACGUGCUGCUCGCUCUGUUCAGCGGCCUGAGCCGGGAGCUGCUGCUGUCCGCGCGGAGGCUGGGCGAGUGGGAUGGACUGACGCAUCCCACAGGUUUAUCAGCCACGGGCGCUGACAGUCCUGAAGAUGUGGGGCUGGGAGCCAUGGAUGACCAAGAAACCAGUGACGGGGGUUUCGCUUUAACCGCCGCAAGAGCAGCUGCCCCCUUGGAUGCGGUAGAUUUCGGUGUUUGUGUAGCAGAAGAUGAGGCCGAGGAGCCAAAGUUGUUGUCUGAUGAACUUCUCCAACGCGAUCAGUUGAUGACCAUCAAAGUUGAGACCUGCGCUGACCUAGCUGAACAGAGCCUGGCUUUGGGCGUUGACGAUUCUGGCUCCAGCCGGAAGGAGCGGAUCGUAAAAGCGGAGAGCUUUGACGGCAGCAACCACUCUCGCGAUCGCCCGCGACUCCUCAUUGCGGACGUGAAAUCGCUGCAGGCGGCCCAAGCAAACUCUCCGCUCGUCGACAACUACCUCCGCUUUCCCCGGACGCAUCAUCCGGCGGCCGACGUGAGACGCGGCAACAAAGCCGCGGCGGCGGCGGCGGUCGCCACGAGCACGCCCGAUCAGCUCGCGAUGGGCCGUGCGCUCGGCUGGGAGGCCGCGGGCAAGGACGCGGCCUACCGGAAGUAUCCCGCCGCGGACGACGAUCCGCUCCCGGCGUGCCACAGCUGCGGGAUCUGCGGGAAGACCUUCUCCAUGCGGCGCAACCUGACGCACCACCAGCGCAUGCACACGGGGGAGAGGCCGCACCGAUGCAAGGUGUGCGGCCAGGAGUUCUCGCGGGUGGACACGCUGAAGCGGCACGAGCGCACGCACACUGGCGAGAGGCCGUACCAGUGCAAGGUGUGCGGGCAGGACUUCCCGCUGCCGGGCACACUGAAACGCCACCAGCGCAAGCACACGGGCGAGAAGCCGUACAGCUGCGACACGUGCGGUCAGACCUUCGCUUGGAAGAACGUCCUCAAAGACCACGAGCGAACGCACACGGGCGAGAAGCCCUUCCGCUGCGACGUCUGCGGUCGGGCGUUCACGCAGUCGUCCUCUCUGAAGUUCCACCAGCGCAAACACGCAGGAGCUUUCGCGCCGGUGAUGAUUAUCUGAAACGGUCCUCUCCCCCCUAGGUAGGCUCGGCCUCAAACGAGUAGCUGGUGCGGUGUGUAGUUAACAUCGACGCUGGGGAGACAAAGGCGGUCGGGCGUGGUGCUGACCACCCACACCCCUCGUGUGCCGUGCCGGCCUUAAUAGGUGCUACUCGCCAACAGCACUUGCCCCAAUAGUCUGUUAAGGCUAUACUGGGGGGGGGGGAUCUUUGUUUUUGUACAUCUUUCACACCGUACGUAGCCCAUCGUGUUCAUCGGAGGUGCUGGUGGGGGAAGGGGCUAUAUGCUAAAAGCAGUCCUAAAUAAAGAGUUUUUUCAGUUUGCAUUCUUAAAGUUCACAGUUUCAGUGUGAAUCUAAUGGCAGAAGAGAGUUUUCCAGACCAGGUGCAGAGGCACUGCUGAAAGCAUGCGAUGCAGUGGGCCGUCUUCGGUGAGUGGCUGAAAAGCUGUGGGGUUUGGCACGAUAGUCUCGGUGGGCUCUCAUGAAAUUGUCUUUUCCGAGACCAAGGUUCUCUGCAAACCUCCUGGCUACCAUCAAAGGUUUGUACACGAAGCCAUACAAAUAUACAAACACAGACAUAAUUUCAACCGUGAUGACGGUUACAAACUGAGUAAUCAUUGGAAAGAUGUGAUUAACCAUGCAAAAAAGAUUUAACUUACCAUGUUUAGUGGUUGUCUCCUUGUCACAGGUUGAGUCACAAACCGUACCUCUCCAUAACAAAGGCUCACCCUCUUAAGCCUCACCUUACCAUAUUAAUAAAAAGUGUGCUGUUUUUGGCCCUUACCCCCCCCCCCCCUUCUCCAACCAUUAUAUAAACGGAGUGGUAGCUCCUGCAAUCUCUCAUUUACUUGAUACAGCUGUCGUGGCUGUGACGGUUCCACCUGAAGACGGAAGCUUGUGUUGCCUCCGAAACGUGAUUUUUAUUUUAUUUUACUUUUAUUAAUUUUAAUGUUUUACCUACGUGACUUUACCGAAAAAACCUAAGAAUACGAUGGUCUGUGUUUUUUGACAGUCUCUCAGCAAGGUACUGUGGUUCGUUGGCAGCGAGCGCUUUGUCUAAAUAAUAAGCAGAACCUUGUAAUGGAUAUGUUGAGCAACCGGCAGAGGUCGCAACUGGGUACCCGAUACCCGUACCCUACCCGAUACCCGGCUACCCGUACCCGGCCGGGUACGGGUAGCCGUUUGCGACCCUGGUGCAGCCGGGUACGGGUACGGGUAGGCCGUGAGUCACUGGUGAGUAACCGUUUGUCACUCAUUUCGGGUAGGAUACGGCUACCUGUACCCGGCCGGGUACGGGUACCCAUUUGCGACCCUGGUGCGGCCGGGUACGGGUAAGGAAUCAAAACCCGUUUGCGACCUCUGGCAACCGGGAACUGAUGCAGCUCGGCAAGCGCUAGACGGAUACGUACGUACCGUAAGUGACCAACCGUGCUAAUCGGAGAUGCGGUCAGAUCUGGGAAGUUCCCGUCGCGACACCACACGCGUCAACGAAUUUUGUACACGCCCUGUAGCUCGCUAAUGUUUUUUUUGACGUCCUGUUGGGAGUAGUGAGUUGCAAUAGUCCAGCCUCAUCAGUACUUUGCUGCAAUGCCGAAAUAUUGGAAUUGCAGGAUCUCCGACCCGUAUUUUGCACGUGGUGAUCAAACAACAUCAACGGUUGAUCGCGUGGUGUCGAGACUCAUUGAUCUCAAGUAGAAAACUAAAAUCUUUCGGAGUCUGCGACCUCCUCUGGGUCGAGCAGCAUCUCAUUUUGUUGCGAACCACAGGAGCGUCCGCUCGCGUGCAGUCUUCGAGGAUACCGAGGCUCUCUUCGUGGCCCAACGUUGACUUCGCUGCCGCACACAACUGCGUUGUCGCCGACAUACCGAUGGGACUUGAUGUCGCGCGAAAAUUUGACAUUGACAAACGGAGAGGGCCCACCAGGCUCGGCACAGGCGACGACUGAUGUUCACCCAGCUUAACGAACUGUGAGCCACCAUAGUAAUGGGUUUUUACCCUUCGAACUGGUAUAAAAACUGACACCUUUGUAAUAACAGCCAUAGAGGGUUCACGUGGGGAUUGGCUUGCCGGUCCUGCUUGUAGCCAAUAAGGGUUGAGAUAGGACCGUGGGCCAUGCGUCAUCACGACAGGUCAUCAGGAGUGAUUGGCCUAGCCAUUCGGGGCCCCAGCUAAUGGGGAGCCGGAUGAGGGGCGUGGUCCCGGGAGUGACAGGGAACCAUCGAGAAUGGUCGAAGCUGUCCAUGGACGAUUGGCGGGGGAACCACAUGACGAAGGUAUUAAGAGCGAGUGAGAGGGAACGAUCGCGAGCAGACUGAAACUAACAAGAGCAGGGUCACGCGCGGACGGGGGCUCGGGUUGCCACGUGCGCGGUGGGGACUUAGUGCGAAGUCUGUCCUCUCUCCGUUGUCUGCCAGCAACGGAGAGUGAGUGAGCAAAGUGUAUUGUGGAGUGGAAAUAAAAGGACUGAUUUCGAA